GCCGGGCGGAGUUCUGGCCCGGGCGGAGCCGCAGCUACAGCGUCCAGCUGCCGGACGGAACUCCAGUCGUGCAAGGCAGCGGGAGCGGCGCGACCCUUCCCGCACUCCAGCCCACCCCUGAGCCUCCCGAGCCCCCUCCUCCCUCCCGCACCUCUGCUGCACAUGGUGAUGAGUUUCCGGGUGUCUGAGCUCCAGGUGCUUCUUGGCUUUGCUGGCCGGAACAAGAGUGGUCGGAAGCACGAGCUCCUGGCCAAGGCCCUGCACCUUCUCAAGUCGAGCUGUGCCCCCAGUGUCCAGAUGAAGAUCAAAGAACUUUACCGCCGGCGCUUUCCUCGGAAGACCAUGGGGCCCACUGAUCUUUCUCUGCUCUCUUUGCCCCCUGGCACCUCUCCUGUAGGCUCCCCUGGCCCUCUAGCUCCCAUUCCCUCAGCCCUCUUGACCCCUGGCACCUUGCUGGGUCCCAAGCGAGAGGUAGACAUGCACCCUCCUCUGCCUCAGCCUGUGCACCCCGAUGUCACCAUGAAACCAUUGCCCUUCUAUGAAGUCUACGGGGAGCUCAUCCGGCCCACUACCCUUGCAUCUACUUCUAGCCAGAGGUUUGAAGAAGCACACUUUACCUUUGCCCUCACUCCCCAACAGGUGCAGCAGAUUCUCACAUCCAGAGAGGUUCUGCCAGGAGCCAAGUGUGAUUAUACCAUACAGGUGCAGCUAAGGUUCUGUCUCUGUGAGACUAGCUGUCCCCAAGAGGAUUAUUUCCCCCCCAACCUCUUUGUCAAGGUCAAUGGGAAGCUGUGUCCCCUGCCGGGUUACCUUCCUCCCACCAAGAAUGGGGCUGAACCCAAGAGACCCAGCCGUCCCAUCAACAUCACACCCCUGGCUCGACUCUCAGCCACUGUUCCCAACACAAUUGUGGUCAAUUGGUCAUCUGAAUUUGGACGGAACUACUCCUUGUCUGUGUACCUGGUGAGGCAGUUGACUGCAGGAACCCUUCUACAGAAACUCAGAGCAAAGGGUAUCCGGAAUCCAGACCAUUCCCGAGCACUGAUCAAGGAGAAACUAACUGCUGACCCUGACAGUGAGGUGGCUACUACAAGUCUACGGGUGUCACUCAUGUGCCCGCUAGGGAAGAUGCGCCUGACUGUCCCAUGUCGAGCCCUCACCUGUGCCCACCUGCAGAGCUUCGAUGCUGCUCUUUAUCUACAGAUGAACGAAAAGAAGCCAACAUGGACAUGUCCUGUGUGUGACAAGAAGGCUCCUUAUGAAUCUCUUAUUAUUGAUGGCUUAUUCAUGGAAAUUCUUAAUUCCUGUUCGGAUUGUGAUGAGAUCCAGUUCAUGGAAGAUGGAUCCUGGUGUCCAAUGAAACCCAAGAAGGAGGCAUCUGAGGUUUGCCCCCCGCCAGGGUAUGGGCUGGAUGGCCUCCAGUAUAGCCCAGUCCAAGAGGGCAAUCCAUCAGAGAAUAAGAAGAAAGUUGAAGUUAUUGACUUGACAAUUGAAAGCUCAUCAGAUGAGGAAGAUCUGCCCCCAACCAAGAAGCACUGCCCUGUUACCUCAGCUGUCAUCCCAGCCCUACCUGGAAGCAAAGGAGUCCUGACAUCUGGCCACCAGCCAUCUUCGGUUCUUCGGAGCCCUGCGAUGGGCACACUGGGCAGUGAUUUCCUGUCCAGUCUCCCACUACCUGAGUACCCACCGGCCUUCCCCCUGGGGGCUGACAUCCAAGGUUUAGAUUUAUUUUCUUUCCUUCAGACUGAGAGUCAGCACUAUGGUCCUUCUGUCAUCACUUCGCUAGAUGAACAGGAUACCCUUGGCCACUUCUUCCAGUACCGUGGGACCCCCUCCCACUUCCUGGGCCCACUGGCCCCCACGUUGGGGAGCUCUCACCGAAGCAGCUCCACUCCAGCACCCCCUCCUGGCCGUGUCAACAGCAUUGUGGCUCCUGGGAGUGCCUUGAGGGAGGGGCAUGGAGGACCCCUGCCUUCAGGUCCCUCUUUGACUGGCUGUCGGUCAGAUGUCAUUUCCUUAGACUGAGUUAUUUGGAUUCUGAAAACUUUACUGGCCCCCAACACUGAGCAGAUAUGCUGUGGAUUCCCAGACCCUGGCCAUUGUGGUUCCUCAGGGGGUCUUUGGCCAAAGGUCAGACCAGACUUUUAUGGGUUCCUGCUUUAGGCCUCAUCUCUGCCUAACAAGGCCAACACCCAAAGGGUUAACAUUUAACCUCUUUUUAAGGACACUGGGUCUGUUUUGGGAAAUGCUUUGAUGGGUCCAUUCCUCUGGGUAUGUUAACCUAGGCAGUGGAGGGCAAACGGGAAGGGACAGGAGUUGGGGGAACAGCAGGAUCCUCAGUCUUCACCAGAUCUACAGCCUCUUGGGGGAAGGGGCACCUUUCUGGUCCCCAAGAUGCCCUCUCUUCUCAAACUCAAACAUCUGUUCAUUUCAUGUUUAUUCUGUGCCAUCUGGCUACACAGUUAGGUGGCAAAGCCAAGACAGGCAGUUUCAGAGAUGGACAGGGAACUCUGUUUUGGGUUGCAGAUUUUUUUUUUUUUGUAUAUAAACAAGAAAAACCAAAAUGCUCCAAAGAUGUCUCCCCCCCACCUUCUACCUCCCAGUAUGACCUGAGGAGGUAGCAAGGCCUUACUUGUGAUCCCCAGGGGCUUGUGAGCAGGGAGUGACCUGCUUAUUGCCUGGGUCUCUAUUUAUAUAUUUAAGUUCACAAUAUUUCUUAUGCUAAACAGCCAAGGACCUGAGCUUUUAGAGACCUGGUCUGGAUCAUUCUGCACCUUUCCUGGGUGGUGGGAGGACCCUUCUCUUCUUCCCAAUCUUUUCAGGGUUCUCCAGGGCUGAGGUCCUAUGUUGUAAUUUUACUUUCUAUUCCCAAAGUUGUAGCAAAGUUCUCACCCAUAAUAAAGGUUGUGAAUGUUC